GGAUUAAAAGGAUCCUGCCCCAUCAGAUGACAACUGCCGGGCCGGUGCUUGGGGAGGAGAGGCGCUCAGAUGAGUUCUUUGACUCACUGGAUCAUGUCAUCGACAUCCAUGGGCACAUCAUUGGCAUGGGCCUCUCCCCUGACCACAGGUACCUGUACGUGAACAGCCGUGCCUGGCCUCGGGACUGCAUCAUCUCCGACCCGAUGCAGCCGCCCCCCAUUGCUGAGGAGAUCGAUCUGCACGUGUUUGACCUGAAGACAAUGAAGGAGGUGAAAAGAGCCCUCCGCGCACAUCGGGCCUACACGCCCAACGAGGAGUGCUUCUUCAUCUUCCUGGACGUCAGCAAGGACUUCGUAGCAAGCGGGGCAGAGGAUCGCCAUGGCUACAUCUGGGACCGGCACUAUAACAUCUGCCUGGCCAAGCUGCAGCACGACAACGUAGUCAACUCGGUGGCGUUCAGCCCGGUGGAGCAGGAGCUGCUCCUGACAGCCAGCGAUGACACCACCAUCAAGGUGUGGCGCUCCCCUCGCACCGUGCGCAUCCAGCAGGCCAGGAAGCCCAGGCCCAGGAAACUGCUCUUCUCCUGGCUCAUGAACCAGAAAAGCUGAACCCAGGUACACCUGCUCCUGCAGCUUCCUCACUGCGGCCACCUCCUCUGGAGCUUGCAGAGCUUUGAGCCCUGCACAAUGGAGACGAGCUCUGGGCACACCAAUCCCGUCUGCUGAGUCAGGAGGGACCCUGGUAGCAGGAAUUGCUUCUUUCUCGGAGCAUCUGCUUCAAAGACAGAAUGUAAGAGCCGAGGGCCUGUUCCUGGGCCUGGCGGGCAGCAGCCCGAGCUGGUCACUGCGGGGUGGGCUCCCCACAGCUUCUCACCAACGCUGCUACUUGGUCACAGCUCUCUCUGAGCUUUGGUCUCUGAGAACAGACUGAGGCAUGUCUCCAGCAUUUGUACUGUGUGAGCCUGUGAUGUGCCCGGCCUUGCUGAGAGCUACUGGCUGCAGAGCACUUGGCAGACGCCGCGUACAGUGCUGUGCUGCCUUACUGCAG